GCGUACCCGGAGUGCGCAUGGACCAUGUAGGCACGUGUGUCACAUCGCUACCGUCUCUAACAGCGCUUCACCGCCGCCACAGCCAGGCCGUCCUCGGCACCGUCAUGUUCCCGGCGUCGCUCCUGGCGCUCCUGCUCGCCCUCGUCUUACGGCCCGCCCAAGGAGGAAUAUGCUGGUCGGCGAUGGUACGAGACGGACGCUGCACGGAGCUACUGGACGAAAGAAUGACCAAGGAGGAAUGCUGCGCUACCAAUGGCGUCGAGACGGCUUGGAGCAGCGACGAUUUGGAUGCCGGGACACUCUUCUUCUGGAGGGUUCUCGGUGGAGGAGUCCCUUGCCAUCCGUGUAGAGAGACGUGCAAGGACGUGCAGUGUGGGGCGGGGAAGAAGUGCAUUGUCAGGAAUGGUCUACCAAAGUGCGUGUGCUACCCUCGCUGCAAAGGUAACAAGAACUACUACCUGGGUCCUGUGUGUGGCACCGACGGUCGCACGUACCGCUCUAUCUGCAAGCUCAGGAAGCGUGCUUGCAGGAAGAAAAAUGCCUCCCUUGCAGUCGCCUACCGCGGCAUGUGCCAAAGCUCGUGCGACAGGAUCCAAUGCUCGGAAAAAAAGUACUGCCUCCUGGACCAGAACUUGUCUCCGCACUGUGUCCGCUGUUCGCGGCGAUGCUCGCCCGGCCAGCACCCUCGGCCAGUCUGCGGGAUAGACCGCCGCACCUACCAUAGUUCCUGCCACAUCCGACGAGCGGCAUGUCGCCGCGGCAAGUCCAUCCCCAUCGCCUACAAGGACAAAUGCAUUCCCAUGGCGACGUGUCAACACAUACACUGCAGCUUGGGCCAACGGUGCCUGACUGAGUGGCAGACUGGCAGGCCACGCUGUGUGACUUGCUCCACCAUGCCUUGUUCUGACCACCAUCGCCGCAACAUGGAAGUCUGUGGCUCCAACAACCGAACUUAUCAUUCGUGGUGUCAUAUGAUCAAAGACUCAUGUGCCACCGGUUACGUCAUCGAGACCCAGUCCUCCGGCCACUGUCCUGCAGAGGAUCAAGGGGAGCUGAUGGCCAAUACAGUGUUGGGAGGUAAACACUCGUAGCCUUUCGGCAUUCCUCAACUCGACUGAGACUUACUGUCAGACUGAUUGAUGCGCUCUUCUCAUGUUGUUUGUGAUAGAGUUCAAAACGACGGUGGUUUGAUGGCACAUUUUGUGACUCCACUUAAUUUUUAUGUUUCUCAUUUCGUUCCCAUAAUAGAUGAUAAACAAAGUGAUAUGUAUGAUGUCAAAAGACAAAUAAUAUUCUUUAUAGCACAAACAAUCAAAUAGUAUAUAUCAUGUAGAAUUGAUUCUCUUUGUUGUAUUACAUCGUAUCGUAAUAAUAUAUACCAUUAUCUUUUAUAUAUAUUAUAUAAAGAUCUAUUUUUUAUUAAGUUUACAAACGAAAAUAUGACUCUGAAGUACAUCAAAUCAAAAGCAAAGUAUAUGGAAACAGUUGUAAGAUUUUAAUAACUGUAAAACCUAUCGUAACACAUAAUCAUGUGUUUAUUUUAACCUCAAAUUGUCUUAAAAAUCACACAAUCAUUAGUUUUUGCCUUCUUCAAUGAAUUAAGAGUGUAUCCUAAUAUUGAUUUAUAUUAUUCUAUUUAUACAAACUACUUUAAAAAAUUCUAGUAGUUCAGUUAAUUUCUUGAACAAAACUCCUAUCUUAGUUGUUUUUAACACUUAAAAUAACUAUCAUGCUCUUGUAUGUCAAGGUGGGGAAACAUACAAGCACAAUGAACUUGGGUUAGUCCACAAAGCAGACAAAGAUGUUGCUCUAGUUUCUUUUUUUUUAAUUUCAAAAAUUGUAAAUUUAAUAAAAAAUAAAUAAAAAUAUUGCAUUUUAGUAUAAUUAAUAAAACUUACAUGAAACUUUUACCCAUUAACUAGAAAUUAAUUUUGUUCUUUAUUUCAUCAACUUAAAUAUAUACUUAUAGAUAUAAUUCAAAUGUGGGGAAACAUACAAGAACAAUGAACUUGGGUUAGUCCACAAAGCAGACAAAGAUGUUGCUCUAGUUUCUUUUUUAAUUUCAAAAAUUGUAAAUUUAAUAAAAAAUAAAUAAAAAUAUUGCAUUUUAGUAUAAUUAAUAAAACUUACAUGAAACUUUUACCCAUUAACUAGAAAUUAAUUUUGUUCUUUAUUUCAUCAACUUAAAUAUAUACUUAUAGAUAUAAUUCAAAUCAAACCACCGUCAUGCAAAGCUACAAUGAUGAUUUUAGAAUGCAAGCAAUAUUUAUCAAUAAUCAAAAUAAUUUAUAAGAUAUUCCUUGGAUGUUAUAACAAAGACUUUUAUGUUAUAUUAAUUUAGCAUUGUUUACUCUGAGUUCUAUAAUGAUAUGAUUACUGUUUCACAAAAUAUUUUAAUGAUUGUAAAGUAACUUUAAUCAUUGGAGAAAGAUCAUUAACACGGAGAGAGUAUUGAACUCUUCUCAAGGGUAAUAUUUGUCGUUAUUAGUUUAAAUAUUGUUGUCAUUACAUUUGAUGUAUAAUCUAUUGCCGUAUAGUAUAUACCAUCCACCUUACUUUCUUUAAUGCUACAAACUGUACAUUUCAUUCAGACCAGUUUGUUUUGCUCAAAACCAAGUGAAAAAUCAGCAUCUAGUUAUAAAUAUAUUAACUCAAGUAAGUACUUAACAGGUGUAUUUUAAGUAAGCCAACGUAUUGACAUGUAUUUUAAAUUAUUUAAAUUCCAACAUAUAGUUCUUUUAUUUUUAGAAUUUGUCAUUUUUUAAUAAAUGCUAGUAAAAUGAGAGAAGUUAAAUUCAGAACUAAGAGCUGGCUGAAUUGGUGGUCUUAUUGGUGUUAACCCUAUAAGAACAGUGUUAAACUUCAAGCACUUUUAUACUCUUAUUUUUAAUCAUACAACUAUGGGAGAUGUCUCCUUUUAAAGAUUGAAUUAAGAUUCUUCCAAAUUCUAUUUUGCUAUAUUUAUUGGUUUGUAAGAAAAACAUAUCAAUAAUUUUAUACUUAAUCGUUUGAGUGUUCAAAUAAUAUACGCUUUACAAGAAAACUAAAAAAGGUAUAGAUUAAUAAUAUAUUUUAAAAACAAAAUAUCCCCCAUAAUUUUAUGACCAAAGUUUAACAUUGUUCUUAUAGGGUAAAGCAAGAUCAUCUCUUUACAGCCAACUCUUAAAUAACUGUACAGGAGUAUAUUCUUAAUUCAAAGGAUUUUUUCACAUAAAAAAAUUGCACAACUUGUACAAAUGCCCAAAUUGUUGAAUAUUUACCUUAGUAACUGAAUAUCACAAAACAAAUUUGUAAUAAAAAAUGCUAUGGAAGUCCAAUUAGCCUUCACAUUUAUUAAUUGAUCAGAAAGCAUCUACUUUGUGAAGAGGGGAGUUUCCUAGGGAUUCAAUCACCUGUAUUCCCACUUUCUGAUUGAAUAAUAAGUCAGUUGGUUUCUGUAUGUCAUUAGAAACUUUUUUUAUACAUUACAAGUACUUCAAAUUUUAAUGUUUGCCUUUAGAACAGAAAAAUAAGUGUUAAAUACUUAUACUUUGAAAACAUUAUUUUAUUACAUGUUUUUAUAUAAAAAAAAACACAUAUUAUUGAAUACUAUGUUAAUGAAACAUGAAAGCUAAUACAGUUACAGUUCUUGAAUGAACUCUAUGAAAGUAAGUAACCAUACAAGAAUAUUAGAAGUUAUUUUUCACUUGGCUUGUAAUCAGUUAAUUUAAAACUAUUUAUUGUCUUAUACAAAAUCUGUUCUAUAUUUACCUGUCACAAACUAUAAAAUGUAAGAAACACUUCAGUAAAUGAUACCAAUCAUAUCAAAUAAGUUAUAAAUUUACAAUCACUACUUGACUUAGUGCAAAAUUUAAUAAUAUCUAAACUGACAGAUAAAUAUGGAACACC